GCAUGGUUUAAAAUAGAUCACAAUAUUUGCUUUAUGUAUGGGUCAUAGUCUACUUGAGGCUCAUUCAAUACCGGAUUAACAAACUACGAAAACUUGUGUAAAUGAUUUCCUAUAUCGGUAUAUAUUAAACAGUGUUUUUGCCAUAUAUGGAAUUGUAUUGUAAACAGGUGAAGUCGUGUAAUGUAGAAAUUGUAUAGAUCUGGUCUACAGUUAACAUAAACAAGCUUUGUUGGAACUUCCAUUGAUUCCCCUGAGUGCAUUUAAUAACAGGAUUUUCAUCAAACUUCACCUGCAUGGUAUUGAAUGAGAUCACUUCUAACUUAAAUUCUUCACCUAUACAACAUACUGUACUGAACUCUUGUAACAUUUUCACAUCUUUAUUUAUAAUUAACAAUUUCAUGAUAUAUAUUAAUAGCUAUAACCAGUAGAGAAGUUUUAUAAAGUUCACUAUCACAUACAUAACUUUGUUUUUUUAUCAUACCAGUUUUGCUAGAAUAGGUAUUAUGAAAUCUAAGACUUGUAAAUAAGAUGUGCAAAAAAAAAAUAGUCAUGUGACAAGAAUGUGAAGGUAAUACAGUAAUUUUAUAGAUACAAGGUAGGACAGUUAUAACUGAUAAGAAAUCUAGGACAAUAACAAUUUUGAUCAGUUGAAAUACAAUAAAAGGAUUAUGAUAUAAACUUCAAUGCAAAUUUUUAAAAAAAAUAGUUUGAAAGUGAGAUCAGAAGUUUUUCAAUAUUAAUUUUUCAAUACUAAAGCUAUUAAACAAAAUUGUUCCUGAAGAUCUCAACAAGUUAAUAAACUAACAAAAAAGAUGUCUGAUCUUUUGAAUUUUGAUGAUGAUGACGAUAACUUGUUCCAACCACAAGAGCAGCAAAAUAAACCAUCUAGAAAUCUCGAUGACAUUUUCGGGACAAAUCCGGAGAGUAACCAGUCAGAUAAUACGCUAGAUGACAUCUUGACACCAUCAGUUCAGGAUGAUAUCUUUCAAACAAAAUCAACACCGAAGAAAACACAGAAUGCUGUAAAGAACGUGGACAGUUUAUUUGGAGAUGUUGAUGAUGAACCGGAUAUUUUUUCGAGCAACUCUGCUUCAUCGCAAAAGUCAGAGACCAAAAACAUUUCAAAUCCUUUAGAGGAUGACCUACUUGCUGAUUUUUUACAGCCUUCUGUUAAUAAUGAAGAUAAAGCAAAGUCCAAUGAUUCUGACCACAUUCAAGAUGACCUGAAAGAGAAACCAACCAAUGAAAUAGAUGAUUUGUUCGGCUUCAGCCAAUCAGAUUCUGCUUCAGUUACUCAACAAGAUAACCAAUCAAGAGCAAGAUCUAAAUCACAUGAUGGCAUGUCAGCUGACGAAUCAGCAGACAGUUUGGAUAUUCUGUUGAGUGCUCAGCCAAUGGGAUCAGUGCCCUCUUGUGAUGACCUGCUUUCUCUUGUUGAACCAAUCACUAACACAGCCAUUAGCUCUAACAAACACGCUGCUCAAAAUAGUAACAGUAAGGAUUCCUCAAACAUAGAGAAGGACCCAUUGGAUGAUUUCUUUGGGAAUUCAGAACCAAAUCAUCCUAAGGAGUGGCCAGAGCAGACCAUUGAAGAAGAAAACAAGCUUCUAGAAGAGCCAGAAGAAGUAGAAGCUUCCAAGCCUUUAGAAGAGUUUGAGGAAAAAGAAGCUUCUGAGCCUCUAGAGGAGUCAGAGGAUGAAAUCAAGCCUUUAGAAGAAAAGGAAGAAGUUUAUUCUGACUCAGAUAUAGAAGAACCUCCUGUGACAAAACCAAAAACCAAUUUAAAAAAGGUAAGAUUGUUUUUCAGAGUUAAGGAAUGCUUAUGUCUCACUUUUUAG